GGCGGGUUUCUGAACAUUAAAAAAUAGACUCAAGAGAGCGUUUUUACCGUGAUCUUAACAGCUAAGGAGAGUAACAUUUAUAUAUAAUUUGUAGGUGCUAAGUAACCUUUUUUAGUUUUUGAUUGAUAUGGCCUCAACACCCGAUGUUCGUAGUCCUAGAUAUGGAUACCAAUCACCAAAUGUUCGUACUCGAGUUCAAGAAAAAGAGGAACUUUCUGGACUUAAUGAUCGUUUAGCUACAUACAUUGAUCGUAUGCGUUAUUUAGAGCAGCAAAAUACACGUUUAUCUGCAGAAAUUACAACCUCGAAAGAAUCGGUUACUCGUGAAGUAGGAAAUGUCAAAGCAAUGUUUGAAGCUGAACUUGGAGAAGCAAGGAGACUUCUUGACGAGACUGCAAAAGACAAAGCUUUACUCCAACUAGAAAAUAAUAAGUUAACUUCUUUAGUCGAAGAUCUUAGACAUAAACUUGAAAAAGAAGUAGCAAAUCGAAGUCGCAUUGAAGAAGAGCUGAAACGUGUUGAGCGCCGGCUACUUGAAAAAGAAUCUUUAAACAUAGUUCUAUCUAAAGAGCGAAAAGAUUUGGAGCACCAAGUUAAAGACCUGGAAGAUCAACUUAAAGAAUAUCAAGAUGAUUUAGAAAAAGAAAAAUCUGACCAUGAGAAAGAAAUUAUUCGUCGUGUGGAUGCUGAAAAUAGAGCACAAACAUUGCAAGAAGAAGUUGAUUUUAAUGAACAAGUACAUGCUAAGGAAAUAAUGGAUUUACGAGCUCAAACAGAAAGUUUGCACUUUUCGUUGCAAAUGGAUGAUAAAGUUGAUAAUUAUGAUAAUAUAUUACGUGAUAAGUUGCAAGAAUUACGUGAAGAAUUUGAAGAAGAAGCAGAUAAUGCAAAAAGAGAAUUAGAAGAUGCAUAUCAAAAUAAAUUUGAAACACUGCGAGCAGAAAGUGAUAGAGAUCGCUCACAUGUGACUCGAUUAAUAGAGAGUAAUACUAACCUAAAAAGUGAAUUGGACAAGUUACGAUCUGAUUAUAGUAAUCUGGAAUCAAAGGUUGUGCAGUUACAAAAACGAAUCAGUGAUUUGGAUAGCUUAAGACAACAUGACAAAGAUGAUUUUCACAAACAACUACAGGUUCGUGAUGAUAAAAAUCGUUUGUUGCAAGACAAAAUUGAUGAGUUACAAAAUGAGUAUGAAGCAUUGCUUGGGAUCAAGAUUGCAUUAGAUGUUGAGAUUGCUGCUUAUAGAAAGUUAUUGGAAGGAGAAGAAGAGAGGUUAAAUAUAUCUACCCCACCACGUGGAAGCACUUCUAAACGAGGCACUAAACGAAGCAGGGCUGAUGACGAAGAACAACCUCAUGUAGAGAAUAAUGCAAUUGGAAGCAUUGAAAUAGCUGAAUGUGACAGUGACGCAAAAUUUGUGCGUUUAAUCAACAACUCAGAUAAAGAUGAACCUUUGGGUGGCUGGAGUGUGCAACGUAUUGUUGAUGGAAAAGAUGAGCAAGCAGUUGAAUACAAAUUUACACCAAAGUUUGUGUUAAAAGGAAAGCAAACUGUGACAAUAUGGAGUCAAAACAGUGGUGUGAAGCAGAAGCCUCCUACUGAUUUUGUGCUUAAACAAGAAGAUUGGAGUCAUGGAUCUUCCAUGACUACAUCUUUAAUUAACCCUGACGCUGAGAUUGUAGCAAAGCACACAAUUGCUUUACCCACACCUCCUGUUGGUACCCGAAGAAUACGCAAGGUACAGCGUCGAGAAGGCGGCGAACGUGAAUCGUGUAAAAUCAUGUAAACCAUUUUGAAAUGAUUUCUGUUUAUUGACUUCGAGAACUAAACUGUUAGUUUUUAUCUCAGAGAAUAAAGCUAGUUAGAGUUGUCAAUAAAUCCCGCAGUCGUUCGAGUUGUCAAGUCGUUCGAGGUUGACAGUGUUUAGAUAGUGGUAUUUUGUUAGAACUUUUGUUCAUUUCUUAAACUUGCGUAGGUCGAUGAUUGUUUUUUAGAAAACUUUAAUGGGUAUCAUGUUUAUAUAUUUUUAACUUAUAAAAACGGUAGGUAGUUUUUAAGUUACAAUAUGAUUUUUAUUUUAUAUAUUUUCAAUUUUUUGUUUUCUUCGAUAUUGUUGGUUUUUACUCAGCGCAAUUAGUAUAGGAAAUUGGAAUUGAAGGCGAUUUUGUGUUUUGUAAUAUAUACUUUGAUUACUAUUUUUAUUUUUGUCAAAUGUAUUGUGAUCUUUUUUAUUUUUUAUUGAUACAAGUUGUUGUUCUUCGCU